GAUUCCGAUGCGUUCGGUUUACCACCGAUUGAUUGACUGUAUAACUGUCCGGUUUGCUUGCUACCGGGAGGACAACAGUUACUUCGUUUGGGGCACCUGUUUACACAGGAACUGCAUAUUGCAAGUAGUGGUCGACAUGGCAAGAGGCGUACAUAUUCUGCCGAUGUUUCCUGCUUUUUGUGUUGUCGGAUCCGAUAUGUUCCGUGUCCCAGCGGGUAUCAAGGUGAGGGUAAAGCUGAUCCUGUUCGCUCUGGUUCCACAACCACUGCAUCUGCAUAAGUUGUUAAACCAACCAGGCCAACCAGCAGUGCCCGCUGAUCCGACAGAUCAGAAACUUGAGCGACGAAGAGGAAUUCGGCAUGACAAAAGGAAAAGUGAAAAAUAUUCUGUUGAUUUUUUCCUGAUAUGAAAUCGUGUAAAAUUCGAUUUCCUGGACAGUAUAAGAAAAUACUACCAAAAUGCUCUGCAGAUAACGAUGGUCAUCAAAGAAAUGACAGAUUACCAUAAUCACUUCCAGAUGAUUAAACCGGGUAAGUGAAAUUAGGAAAUGAUAGACGGCGAUUGCUGUUUAAACAAUUCCAGAUACUUAUUUUUGAAAAACGUGAUCUGA